UUGUGCUGAUGCUCUUCUACAGGCUGCAGUCACAGUCGUUAUACCUAAUCAACAUGACUCACUGAGAUAUGCUUAACAUAUUUCUGCACAGCGGGUCAUCAGGAGCAAACAAGCAAGAUUUCUGGUGAAUAUUUGGAAACUGAACUGAAUGUCAGAGCCCCACUAACAACCUGCAUAGAUGGCUUUUAUGUCCAGAUUCUCCCGAUCCCGGAGCAAUUCUAGGUCUCCAAGUAGAAGAGAAUCUGGAAAAGAGUCACCCAUACUGAGCAUUGCUGAACUUGAGCGGCUUCUAUACACAGGAAAGACAGCCUGUAAUCAUGCAGAUGAGGUUUGGCCCAGACUAUACAUUGGGGAUCAAGACAUUGCCUCAGACCGCCGGGAGCUUGUAAGACUUGGGAUCACACACAUACUGAACUGUGCACAGAGCAAAUGGCGGGGUGGUGCAGAGUACUACGAGGGAAUGAACAUCACCUACCAUGGCAUCGAGGCCCAUGACUCUCCAUCCUUUGAUAUGAGUGUAAACUUCUACCCUGCUGCAGAAUUCAUUCACAAAGCACUCACCAUGGGAGGAACAGUGCUCGUGCACUGUGCUGUGGGUGUGAGCCGCUCAGCUACUCUGGUGCUGGCAUAUCUCAUGAUUCGACAGAACAUGACUCUAGUAGAGGCCAUCAAGACUGUCAAGGACCACCGAGGUGUCAUCCCUAACCGGGGUUUUCUGCGCCAACUCAGUGGCCUAGACAGCAUACUUCGUGCCAGUCGAAAAACAACAUGAAAACACAGGUCAGAUUGGACUUCUGUUCAGAAACCGUUGCCGUUACCAGUGUAUACAUAUAGUUCCCAUCAUGUCCUUCUGUGAGCAGUAGAAAUGCCUUACUACAUUAAGAAUUGCCUUAUUCAGUACUAACAUAGUAAUGACCUCUUAUCCACAUGACCAGAUCAAUGAUCUUCU